AUGGAGCAGACGAAAGCUCUCAACGCGCUCGAGCCCUUCCUUGCUCUGAGCAAGUCGGCCACCUCACCACGCGCCGCGGCCGAUCUCAUCACCCGCGCGACUUCGAAUCCGAACACUUUCCUCUUCACAGAACUCCUCGAGGCCCCGCAGAUCCAAGCCCUGUCCCAGUCCCCCGAGUUCCUCCCGCACCUCCGCCUCCUCGAGAUCUUCUCCUAUGGCACUUACACCACUUACCUCUCCUCCGGCCAGCAGCUGCCCCAGCUCAACGACGCCCAGACCCUCAAGCUCCGCCAGCUCUCCCUCCUAACCCUCUCCAGCAACCGCUCGAACCUAAGCUACGCCGCCCUCCAGUCCGCUCUCGGCCUUCCCUCGGCCCGCGCACUUGAGGACCUCGUCAUCUCGGCAAUCUACGCCGGUCUCAUUGAUGCCACCCUCGACCCCCGCCGCCAAGUCGUCCAGGUCAACUCCCUCGCCGCCCUGCGUGACCUUGCCCCCGGCGCCGUCCCGCCCAUGAUCCGCGCCCUGCACGCCUGGUCCUCGCGCUGCGAGUCCACACUCGAGGACCUUGAGGCCCAGAUCGUCGGCAUCCGCGACGCCGCCGCCCGCCGCCAGCGCGACAAGGCCGACCAGGAAGCCCGCCUGGCCAAGCUGGUCGAUGAGGUGCGAAAGGAUCCCGAAGCAGGGACCGGGACCGGGAGGAAGCUCGCCGUCGGCCACGGCGGCGGCGGCGAGCGCGGGAGCGGCUUCCUGGGCCACACGUCCAGGGCGCAGCGGUACAACAAGAGAGGUAGCACGAGCAUGAUGGACAACACAGCCGAGAGCAUUGACGACGAGGCCAUGGACGUGGACGAGGAGGACCCUGAGCAGGAGAAAAAGCGUGCCAGUCGGCGGAAGCUUUAG